AUGGAGUUUGAAACAGAAAUCUGGCAAAAAACGGCUAAAAAACCGGAACCAAGGCAUAACUUCAGUUAUUCAAUCGAAUAUCUGUUAAAGAAAGACCCACCUUCCAAGCCAGAAUUGAAUCUUACCAAGGAUCAUAACUCUGUCGCAGAAUUUCACGUAGAGCCAAAAAUCUUUAAUGGAACUACUUGGUCGGAAGGUGAUUUUUCGACCCACACAGCUUUCUUCACCCUCGUUCCCCAGAGGUUGGGCUACUCUUUCCCCGGCGGCUUCCCACCACCUGACUCCUCAGAGGUACCGCAACCCCUGCCGACCCCACUGGAGCAGAGGAAGUUACCCACCUGCGAUGAGAGAUGCAUUUGCGGGUUCCCCUGCCACAAUAAGCACUGGUCUCUGCCUUCCGAACACAUGCACUUUGCUGCAGCUCUCAAGAAGAGUACUCCUUGCAUACCUUGCUCUAGUUCCUUGAUUCAACAGCAGUGUUCUUCCAAGACAGUGAUGAGCACACCCGAGAAGAACUUCGUGUGCAAGCAGUGCGGCAAGGGCUUCAAGCGCUCUUCCACCCUCUCCACCCACUUGCUCAUCCAUUCCGACAUCCGCCCCUAUCCGUGCCAGUUCUGCGGGAAGAGAUUCCACCAAAAGUCAGAUAUGAAGAAGCAUACUUUCAUACACACAGGUGAGAAACCUCACAAGUGUCUGGUGUGCGGCAAAGCUUUUAGCCAGUCCUCCAACCUUAUCACACACACCCGGAAACAUACAGGCUUCAAGCCCUUCGCCUGUUUCACGUGCGGCAGGGCCUUCCAGAGGAAGGUGGAUCUGCGCAGACAUCGAGACACCCAGCACAUGGCGCACGUGGGACCCAUCCACCUGCUCAACGAUCCCUGGUUCAGAAGACUCGGCUUCCCGCAUCCUUGCACUCUUCCUUUGCACUUUCCAUAUUAAAAAUACUCGACUUUUGAAGAGCAACGUGAAAAAAAUAUGAAGAAACUGAGAAUGCAAAAAACUAGAAUUAAAAAUUUGGAUACUGGAUUUCUCACGAUAUAUAACAGGGAUUAUCAAAUUAUGCAUCAUUUAUAAGAAUUCUGAUGUCACGAGCUCCUUUUUUAUUAUUUGUUUCAGUUUCGUUAAAGAAAUACAUCUUGUUUUGAGACUUUACAGAAUAAUUUUGGAAAAAAAACAGGUUUCUUACCAUACCAUUUGUAUCAUUCAUUUGUUAGUGAUGCAUUUCUUUUCAUCGAUUAAAGAAUCAUUCUAAAGCUUGCAGACGAAAAUGGAAUUAUGAAAUAUUUAUAGACUUUAAAAGAAAUUGUGGGAGAAAUAAGUUAGAGAAAUUCUGAUUUUUCUAUGCAACAAACUUGUAGAUUCAUUGGUGGGGGGGGGGAAUCCGAUGCAAAAAAAUUUAAUCUAUAAAAUACAUAUUAGCGAUUUUUUAUCAUUUUCUUUAUUUCAAUAACAUUAAACCAGCGUGAAUGUUUUCUCUAAAACUUUCUCCCCUAUUCUCUAACAAAGAUAUAGUUUGUUCCCUUAACCCCCCCCCCCUCCUAAAAUCAUGGACCUCGGGCAAGACCGUGAACGCUAUGAGGUAUCUAUCAGAUUUUUAAUUUCAGAUAUCUGCACAUGAAAGCUUUGUCCUUCUUGGUAUAGUAGAAAAAAUCAAAUAUGCAUUUGGACAUCACUUUUUGUUUAAAUGAAUGACAAAAUUAGCACCGAACUCAAUUUUAAUAAUAAGAGAGCAUACCAAAUUUCUUAUCUAAAUGGUUGCAUUUUUGGGCUGUCGCAUUAACAUGCGAACGAAAAUACUGACCGACAGACGUACAACUCCUCGCCUGAUUAGAUUCAAAAUUUGAUUGCACUUUGGAUGCUUAAUCUGUGUUGAAAGUUUUAUCAUUUUAACUCUUAACAUUUUACAGUUAUCUUGUUUAUCUGCGCUAUAUACUGCAGACAGAUCAAUUUUUUUUUUUUUUGUCAAUGGAUGUUGUUUAAAAUUUGAUAGAAAUCAACGAAUUUGAUAUCAUGAUGAUAUACUAAAUUUUAUUCGUUUAGCCCAAAUCGCUUUUACAGACAGUCAUAGUUCACAGAAGUUUCUGGAUUUAGCGAAAUCUGAAACAUGAAGAUAUGUCAAAAUCACGAAUUCGAAUUUCUUGACGAUUACAUUACUUUCUCUAUGUAUACGUUAUACGCGAGAAUUAUCUCUAUAUUUGGUAAAUGAUUAAUUAUUUAUUUUUUUAGAACAGAAUAUACUUAGAACUU